AGACCACAUACUGGUGUCAUUGCCAUAUGGGGAGAGACCUCCUAACAAAGACGACAAGGGAAUGGUACCCUUUUCCUUCCAUGAAACAGCCGCCAUUUAGGGGAGCUAAUACAGCAAUUGCUUCUACUUCUUCUGCACAGUAUAAUCACCAUAAUUUUCUUGCUUCAAUGAAUUACUACAAAUUGGAGUUGCAGCAAGAGAAAUGGAUCAAACAUUACAGCAAUCGCCACAAGAUUUUGCUUGUGGGUGAUGGAGAUUUCUCCUUCUCUGCCUGUUUAGCUGUUGCUUUCGGCUCUGCUUCUAAUAUCACUGCCACUUCUCUUGAUUCUGAGGAGUUCUCGACUUUCAAUUACUGCAAAGCUUUUAUCCUUAAAGAACUGAAAGAAAGAGGGUGUAAGGUGAUUCAUGGUGUUGAUGCUACCUCCAUGGCAGACCAUCCCAGCUUGAUGGGGUCCACGUUUGACAGGAUUAUUUUCAACUUCCCAUAUGCUGGAUUUUUCAAUGAUUCACCCCGCGAAUCUAAAAUUGGUUGUCAUCAAUCCAUGAUAUGGAUGUUCCUGGGGAAUGCGAAGCAGAUGAUCAGCCAAAACGGCGAAAUCCACAUCACACACAAGACCAAUGGAUAUAUAGUUCCUCUUGGGAUUCAGCAUGGGCUUGAGCUUGUAGACUCUGUUGAGUUUAAUGUUAGUGAUUAUCCAGGUUACAGUAACAAGUAUGCGUUUGGGGGUGACAACAGUUUUGACUGCUAUCCUAGUAAAACUUACAUGUUCCGACUUCCUCGUACCACAUGUCCUGACCUUCCUUGGCUUUAGGUUACGUUGCUGAUCCAUCAUAAUCUCAUCUGCUGCCAUGUUCUUGCAGCCAGCCAGUUUGUAAACUGUGUUUUUUUUUCUUAUUUGUCUGCUAUAAUAGAUUAUUAGUUAGUAUUGAUUAGCCAAUGUGUUUAUGGAUGGAUUUGUAGUAAUUUGCAUAAGCUAAUCUCUAUUGCUCUGUAUUUCUGUA